AUGCCCUCAUUGGAUGAAAGGGUUGACAACCUCAUCAGCAAAGUAGACAACCAGAGAUGUGCGGAUUGCUUUGAUAAACAGCCAGCCAAUGUUACAAUUCUUCUUGGAAGUCUUGAGAAACCAAUCGGUGCUUUCAUUUGCUUCCGUUGCGCCAGAGUCCACGAGAAGUUUCCAAAUGAUGUUGGUUAUGUCUUGAAUGCUCGGAAUGAAGCUGAUUGGUCGGAAGAAGAAGUCCAGGCGUUGGAGCAAGGUAGCAACAAAAUCGUGAAUGCCAUCUUUGAAAGUAAAAUUGCUUAUGAUCACCCUAGACCAGACGUGAAUUCCCAACUCGAUGUUCGUGAAAAGUUUAUCGUAGACAAGUAUAUUGAUCGAAUUUUCUUUUCCGAGUCCAAGGCGGCUAAAUUAAUGAAAGCCCCUGCAAAAGAAUCAUCAGCACGGUUUGCUUUAAAGGCUCCAAAGGACAGUGGCUCUACCAGAGGAUUCAAUUCAUCCGAUUCAAGUGGCGAUUUUAGUUUUGAUACCGAUGAUGGUUUGGGAUACGAAAAUUCAACUCCAGACGUUGCGGCUGGCGUGAACGAUCUCAGCUUGGAUGCUGCCGCGGCCGCUCCUCGACAACGACGAACCCGUAGACGUGCCUCCAUUGGCAUAAACGAUUCCAAAGGACCUCCCAGUCGGACAAUGUCAUUGCAGGUCGAAGGGGCCGGCGCCGCCAACCAAAAUGUUCGGCGUCAACGACCCGGACGGCGACAAUCCUUGGGACGAACAUCGUCCAUGGGCGGCGCCGGUUUGGCCCCAGGCGCAUCCGGAGACGCUCAGGGAGGUGCUCCACGAGCACGACGACCAGGACGUCGAGGAUCCGUCAGUGGCGGUGGUCCUCCCAGUCUCGCUGGAAGUUCCAGCAAUUUGAGUCAAUCUGGUGCUGGUCAGACGCGGCAACGACGACCUGGAAGACGGGGUUCGGUUGGUGGCGGUGGCCCUCCUAGUCUCGACAAUCAUUUCAAUAGUUCCAAUAACAGCCUAGACAUUUCGGAAGCUGGUGAUGGCAAUAGGAGUGUCGCCUCCAGAGACCGCCGUCGACUGGGCAAAGGUAGUGCUGAUCCGUUGGGUGGAAGUUCUCAUCAGGAACGUCGCCGUCCUCGAAGAAGAGGGUCGAUAAGUGUCGAGGAUGCCAAUGCCAAAUUGAAUGAGAAAAAAGAAAUGGUCUGGUAA